AUGAUAGCAACCGGUGGAGUCAUAACAGGACUGGCUGCCUUAAAAAGGCAAGACUCUGCCAGAUCUCAGCAACAUAUAAAUCUUGCCACAGCACCAGCUUCUGAGGAGAAGAAACCAGUUAGACGUCGGCCCAGGGCAGAUGUCGUAAUUGUCAGGGGCAAAAUCCGUCUCUAUUCUCCAUCAGGAUUCUUCCUUGUUUUGGGAGUGCUUAUUGCAUUCUUUGGGAUUGCAAUGGCCAUCCUUGGGUACUGGCCCCAAAAGGAACAGCUUUUAUCAUCUGAAGAUGAUCUAUCUGUAAAUGAAACCCAGGUCCUAAGAAGCCAAGGAAGCGUUUUACUUCGUUUCUUUGAACAGCACGUGCACUCAGAUAAGAUGAAAAUGCUGGGCCCUUUCACUAUGGGCAUUGGAAUUUUCAUUUUUAUUUGUGCAAAUGCCAUUCUGCAUGAAAACCGUGACAAAGAAACAAAAAUCAUACACAUGAGAGACAUAUACUCCACUGUAAUAGACAUCCACACCCUGAGGAUCAAGGAACAAAAGCAGCUGAGCGGUGCCUUCACCGGCUUGUUGGGGGAAGGGGAACUCAGGCACAGCGGGAGCUCGUGUGCAUCACAGCUGGCUGCAAACACGGUUGCACCUUUCUCUGGCUUCAAGAGUAAUUUUAGAAUGGAUAGUUCCGCUGAAGAAGAUGAGAUUACCCUAAAUGAAGAUAGGAGCACUGGUAGCCUCCUGCCACCUCUGCUGACUGAGCAAUCUGGUUCGGUCUUUGGACUUUACCCUCACUCCAGUAAGGCUUCAGAUGACAAAAACACUAGUUCUAUAAAAUGUGAAACAAAAUCCAUUGUAUCAUCUUCUAUUAGUGCUUUCACACUGCCAGUAAUUAAACUGAAUAACUGUGUUAUUGAUGAGCCCAGUAUAGACAACAUAACUGAGGACUUGGAGGUCGCUAGGAUUCAGUCUAGAAAUCUGUCGAUGGAUUCUCUGGCCAUUCCACUAACUGAUACCAAUGAAUCCUACAGACCAGCUGCUACUGUGCUGCCCCGACAUAAUUCAUUUGUGGACACUCCCUCUGAUCAGUUCAAAUCUUCUAUGGCUCUUGGACCAAGCACAGGAAAGCUUUUAUCCCCUGGCGCUGCCAGGAAACAGUUCGGGUCCAACACAUCUUUGCACCUUCUCUCUUCACAUUCAAAGUCCCUGGACUUGGACAGGGGUCCGUCUAUGCUCACUGUCCAAGCUGAGCAAAGGAAACACCCCAGCUGGCCCAGGCUGGAUCGGAGCAACAGCAAAGGAUACAUGAAACUAGAAAACAAAGAGGACCCAAUGGAUAGGUUACUUGUUCCACAAGCAGCAGUCAAGAAGGACUUCACUAAUAAGGAAAAGCUUCUUAUGAUAUCAAGAUCUCAUAAUAAUUUGAGUUUUGAACAUGAUGAGUUUUUGAGUAACAACCUGAAGCGAGGAACUUCUGAAACAAGAUUUUAA